AUGGAGGUGGACAAGGAGGAAGCUGUUGCCAAGGAAGCCCAGGCCGCCUGUGAGAUCGACGAGAAGGAAGCCGGCGAGGCUGCAGCCACGGCCAAUGCCAUCAAGACAGAGUGCCAGAGGGAGCUGGACGAGGCGCUGCCGGAGUACUACGAUGCCAUUAAGGCCUUGGACUCUUUGGACAAGAAGGACAUCCAGGAGGUGAAGUCCUUCGCGAAGCCUCCUGCCUUGGUGGAGGUUGUCCUCAGUGCAGUGUGUUUGCUCAUGAACAAGAAGGAGACUUGGGACGAGGCCAAGAAGGUGAUGAACGACACGGGCUUCCUGCAGUCCCUCAAGGAUUACGACAAGGACGCUUUGGCCGGGAAUGUGAAACUGACCCAGAAGCUCCAAAAGUAUGUAAAGCGAGAAGACUUUCAGCCAGAUCAGGUGCGGAAGGUGUCGAACGCGGCCACGUCGCUGUGCAUGUGGGUGCGGGCCAUGGACGUGUACGCACGCGUGGCUCGCUCCAUCGAGCCGAAGAAGGAGAAGCUGAAAGGAGCCGAGGACGCCUUUGCCACAGCGGAAGCAAAGCUGCAGGCGAAAAAGAAGGAGCUCCAGGUGGUACAAGACAAUGUGGCUGCGCUGCAGCAGCAGCUCGCAAAAGCCAGGAGCAAAGCGGAGAAGCUCGAGCAAGACGCUGAGACCUGCAAGGUCCAGCUAACUCGAGCGGAGAAGCUGCUGUCCGGAUUGGGCAACGAGUCUGUGCGUUGGGAUGCUGCUAGCCAAGUCCUGGAGAAGAACAUCAAAUUCGUGAUGGGCGACAUCGCGUUGGCCGCGGGCUUCAUCGCCUACGCCGGGCCCUUCACCGCCGCCUUCCGGGGCGCGCUCAUCGCCCAUUGGCUCGAAAAAGCGAAGGAGGUGAAUUUGACCGCAGACCCUGCUUGGAAGUGUUCGGACACUCUUUGCGAGCCCGCAGAGAUUCGAGAGUGGAACAUCAAGUCCCUACCCGCUGACGACCUAUCUGUGGAGAACGGCAUACUGGUGACACGAGGUCGCCGGUGGCCGCUGAUGAUUGAUCCACAGGGCCAAGGAAAUCGCUGGAUCCGCAACAUGAAGAAGGACAGUGGUUUGGGCAUCAUCAAGCUCAGCACUCCCAACUUCCUGCGGACGGUGGAGACCUGUAUCCGCGAAGGCAACGCGAUCCUUUUGGAAAACGUUGAGGAGGUGCUGGAUCCUUCCUUGGAGCCCGUGCUCCUCAAGCAGGUCUUCAAAAAGGGCGGCCAGCUUCUGCUGCGACUAGGCAGUGAGGAUGUGCCCUACAACGAGAGCUUCCAGUUCUUCGUAACCACGAAAAUGGCCAAUCCGCACUACCUCCCCGAGAUCUGCAUCAAGGUAACUGUCAUCAACUUCACCGUGACACUGCUGGGCCUGGAGGAUCAGCUCGUGGCGGAGGUUGUGAAGAACGAGCGCCUGCCCCGGAAGGGAUUUUCGGCAGUUGCCUUCUCCGUUUCAGCGAUUUCCUGCUGCUCCGCUUGUGCUCCGCCGCUCCCCGGGCUCCGCGCAGCUCCUGGGCCUGCGCCGCCGGCCGCGGCUGCGGCCGCCCGCGCCGUCCGCUCCGCAGUGACUCCGUGGCGACACGCAGCCGCUGACGCGACCGGGGUCACGGCACCGGCCCGGAUCAAAGCCACAUGA